AUGAACAAUUACACAAAUAGACGGCCCCCAGUCCCCGGCGGCCCCGCUAUUCCUGGCUACGGUGGCGACCAUGGUAACGGCGGGGCAGGGGGUGCUAAGAAUCUCCGGUGGAGGUUCGGUUGCCACCUACGACGACUCGACCUGGCAACAUUUAACGCACGCACACUGAGGACUGACGAGAAGAUCCUGGAGCUGGAAGAAGAGAUAGACAAGUUGCGCUGGAGUAUUAUAGGAUUAUCCGAGGUCCGAAGAGAGGGGGAGGACACGGUGAUUCUCGAAUCCGGCAACUUGUUCUAUCACCGGGAGGGCGACCAUCUGUCCCAAGGAGGUGUCGGAUUUAUCGUCCACAAGUCUCUCGUCAACAACGUUGUACAGAUUGAGAGUGUGUCGACGAGGGUCGCGUACCUGAUACUCAGAAUCACCAAACGGUAUUCGCUGAAGGUCAUACAGGUUUACGCACCAACGUCGGCACAUUCCGAUGAGGAGGUGGAGGAAAUGUAUGAGGAUAUUUCCAAAGCCAUACAUUCCUCCAAAACCCACUACACGGUGUUGAUGGGAGAUUUCAACGCAAAACUAGGCACAAGAGAAAGCGGUGAGCUGACGUUAGGGAAAUUUGGAGUAGGGCAACGGAACCGAAGGGGCCAGCAGCUGGCCGACUUUAUGGAGAAAGAGGGACUCUUUAUGAUGAACUCUUUCUUCCAGAAGCGGCCCCACAGGAAGUGGACCUGGUCGAGCCCCGACGGUUCGACAAAAAUGAGAUUGACUUCAUUAUGA